CGGCGACGUGUUUACGCGAAGGCGACAACAGCCCUGCCCUGGCCGACAACAUGAAGCCUGCAGUUCGAGAGGCAGUGUCGGCGAGAGGCUCCAUUUGACAGCGGCUCAGUACUUAGCGGAGGGGAGAGCACGGGGUGGGUGUGAAAACAGCCUGUUGUGGCGGAGCGAGGAUGGAGAAGAAGAAGAAGGAGGCGGCGGCGAAGGAUAUUCAGCUCUCAGCAGAGGUAGAACCAUUUAUACCCCAGAAGAAGGAAACUGAUAUACUUGUUCCUAUGGCUCUCCCUAAUGAUGGAAAUGGUAAUGGUGUCGAAGCUCCUCCUAUACCUAGCUACUUGAUAACUUGUUAUCCCUUUGUGCAAGAAAAUCAAUCCAAUAGGCAAUUGCCUGUAUAUAAUGGUGAUAUUCGGUGGCAGCAAGUGAAUCCAAAUUCUACAGGACCGUACCUUGCUUAUCCCAUAUUGCCAACACCACAGCCUCCUGUUUCUACAGAUUAUGCUUACUACCAGCUCAUGCCAGCACCUUGCGCACCAAUGGUGGGUUUUUAUUCUCCCUUUCCUGCACCAUACACUGCACCUUUCCAGCCAGCCACUGUGGUGAAUGCAUUGUCUGACUGCAGUGAAAGACCUGUUACUGCCGGACAAGCCUGCCAAGCUACCACUCAGAGAAGCAGAACCAGCAGAGGUCCAGUGCCGAAGGUUUUGAGAACAAACAAGCCUCUGGUGAGAAAUGUAGCUGUUCAAAAGGAAAACAAUGCCUCAGGUCCUGAAAAUAAAUCGAAGAUUGUAUUGCUGGUGGAUGCCAGUCAGCAAACAGAUUUUCCUGGGGAUGUAGCCAAUAAAACACACUCUGAGAGGGCCAGCCCCUUGCUUUGGAAAUCAAAAAUCAGGAGAAGAAGAGCAUCUCACCCUGCUGCUGAAUCUUCAAGUGAACAAGGAGCUAGUGAAGCUGACAUUGACAGUGAUAGUGGCUACUGCAGUCCCAAACACAGCCACAGUCAGACCACAUCAGCUGCUACAAGGAGUACAGAAUGCAAAGUAGACGAUUUAACAGGAAUUGCAGGAGGCCCCAGUUGGGCAAAUGUAGCUUCCCAAGCACCACAAAGGUUUGGGAUUGACAGAAUGCAGCCUUUUUCUUGUGGUCGAGGUGGCAGGCCAGUGGACCUGCGAAACUCUCAGGAUAACUCCAGAGGAAAGGUGCAAAGUUUGUCUUCUCAAAGAACGCCAAACCAUCAAAAGAAUCGAGAUUGGACUGCUGGACAGUCGUCUGAAGUGCCACAGUUUGUCAGUGGGCAUAUGGCUGGAACUGAUCAAAAACCUGAUUCUUUAUGUUUUGAGGAUGACAGCGAGUUUCCAGAAUUGAUCAUUGGAGCUGGUGUUUCCAAGAGCCAAGUUGUAGCCCACGAUAAUACUCAGAAUAAAAAUUCUGCAAUUUGUCAACUCUCUAAAAAGCAACUCGGGCUGGGUGAUCUUCCAGAAACUUCUCCAAUCAACAUAGUGCAGACACCUAUUCCAAUAACUACAGCUAUUCCAAAGCGUGCUAAAAGUCAAAGGAAAAAAGCAUUGGCUGCAGCCCUUGCUACUGCUCAGGAGUAUUCAGAGAUUAGCAUGGAGCAGAAAAAGCUCCAGGAGGCUCUGAAUAAGGCAGCAGGGAGGAAGAGUAAAGCCCCUGUACAACUAGACCUUGGUGACAUGUUAGCUGCACUAGAGAAACAACAACAAGCCAUGAAAGCAAAGCAACUGACUAAUACAAAACCUCUAUCGUACUCUGUUGGAACAAGUACACCUCUUUCUAUCAAAGACUGUGGGAACAUGAAAACUUUACACAAAAAUCAGCAGUUUAUUGGAUUUCAUAAUCCAUUGGAUUCUGGUGCCCCAAAGAUUAAGAGAGGAAAGGAAAGGGAGAUUCCAAAAGCAAAACGUCCAACGGCACUUAAAAAGAUUAUCCUGAAGGAAAGAGAAGAAAAGAAAAACAGAUUUUCAAUAGAAUCAACAAUUGUAGGAACAGAGGAACAGGGUGAUGAACAGCUGAAUUUUUCGGAGGAGCAGUCUAUAACCCAGGAAGUGGUUUCUCAGGAAGACAUUGGAUUGAGCGUUCCCAGUGACACAUCUCUGUCUCCUGCAAGCCAGAAUUCUCCAUAUAGUAUGACGCCAGUUUCACAAGGGUCUCCAGUCAGCUCAGGAGUUGGCAGUCCAAUGGCUUCUUCGACAAUCACAAAAAUUCACAGCAGGCGUUUCAGAGAAUACUGCAACCAAGUACUUAGUAAAGACAUCGAUGAAUGUGUGACUUUGUUGUUGCAAGAACUUGUCCGUUUUCAAGAACGAAUUUACCAGAAAGAUCCUAUCAAAGCCAAAAUGAAGAGAAGGCUUGUUAUGGGUUUACGUGAAGUGACAAAACAUAUGAAACUAAAAAAAAUUAAAUGUGUGAUCAUCUCUCCAAACUGUGAGAAAAUUCAGUCAAAAGGUGGACUGGAUGAAGCUUUGUACAAUGUGAUUGCCAUGGCUCGGGAGCAAGAAAUUCCUUUUGUUUUUGCUCUUGGGCGUAAAGCUCUUGGUCGAUGUGUGAAUAAACUUGUUCCUGUAAGUGUUGUGGGGAUCUUCAACUACAGUGGUGCUGAGGUAUGUUUUUGGAUUUUCAGUUGUGCCACUUAUUUUGACAUGAGCACAGAAGCUAUGCAUACCUCAGAAUUGUCAAUUCAUAAUUUCAAAAUGCCUUUUUAUUUAGAAACCAACUGGCGAAACAUGGUAGAAGCCACUGAUGCACCUGAAUGUUCUGAGAAUGAGAAACCCAUGUCAAGUGUGACCACAGGUCUGGAUAAGUCUUCAAAUUUACCAGCAGCUAUAGGCAAAGCCAACAAACCAAUCUUGGGAAUAGCCACUAGUUCUUCUGUGGGUCAGACAACUCGUGCUACAAAAUCCUCUGGUUCAGACAAGGAAGAAGGGAAAACUGACGAUAUAUUAGAAUGGGCCUCUCAGCAGAGCACUGAGACAGGAUCACUUGAUGGUAGCUGCAGGGAUAUUCUUAAUUCUUCCAUGAUCAGCACCACCAGCACUCUUGUACCAGAUAUGCUUGAGGAGGAGGAAGAUGAUGAAGAGGAGGAAGAAGAUGACAAUGCUGCUGAACCUGUUACCAUAGUGGUAACAUUUAGCAGCAGAAUUGAUGAUUGGGUAUCAGAAGCACAGAAAACACUGGAAACAUUGCAGCUCAGCAAAAACAUUGAUAGUACAGAGGAAGAUCACAAUGGGCAAAGUGACAUAGAAGAACUAGAUGUAGUGGAGCAGAUAGACGUAACUACAGAUAUUGAUGGCUCUCAGCCUGCAGAAUCAGAGAGUCAAACCUGCUAAUAAUUUUAGAUCUUGGACCAGCAGCUCUUGCUCAGAGCACAAUUUAUUUUUUAGGUAGACUCGUGGGAUUACAAAAAUCGUUUUGUCAAUUUUUGCAUUGAAACAUAAGCAACUGUUAAAAACAUUUUGUGCCCAUUUUACUUGGAACAGGUUAAUAUCUGGUUUAGUAUAGAAUUUUUCCAAGUCAGUCGUAUAAAAUAUCGGUGUGCAUAUCUGAAAGUCAUAGGUACAAGUUGCAAAUUAUUUAGAUUUUUUUCUGUCUUUAAUAUCCUCUGUUUGUUUGAUUGGUUUACUCUCUUGCAAGUCAACAUGUUUUGGCCUUCUGAUCCAAGUUACAUUGAAACUUUCCUUCAAAAUGUAAUUCAUGAAGCCUCAGUAGCUGCUGCAAUCAAAUUUCAGAGCUAAAUAUACGAAACCUUUUUGUGAGCAAUCAUUCGAGUCUACCUACGGGUUACUGUAAAUGAAACAAUAUAUCAGCAACCUCAGGAACACUUCAACACAUAUAGGAACAGUUAAUUUAAGAACUUGCUGUUUAUAACCUUGUCAUUUCAAUCUUUCGCUGAUAUAUGAUCUGAAUUAGUAAUUGUACAGAAAUGAUAAAAUUAUAUGUUAGCAAGUUUGCCUCAUCUCAAAACCUGUCCGGCGUUAACCUAAGUUGUUUGGUGUAAUUUGAAUCACAAAAUAAAUGGAUUAAUUUCUGGAUGGUUUAUGAAGAUCCUUUCAGAAUCUCUGGAGAAAAUGUAAUAAAAAAAAGUGGAGAUAAGCCAGUAGUUUUGUUUACAAGAAUUUCGGCCUCUGAAGCGGUAGUAAUUUUAUAGCAGAAUUUGAUUUAACUCACUGAAAAAGUUCUGUCUGUAUGAAAUUUAAAUAGCAAUGAUGGUGUUUUUAAGAGAUCUUCUCCUUGUACAAACUACUUCUUUUCAUCUUCAAAGUCCGAUGGUAUCCAGUUAUGUGCAAUGUCUUGAAACUAAUAAAGGUGCGUGUAACCA